AUGGGGAGACAACCUUGUUGUGAUAAGAUAGGAUUGAAAAGAGGUCCAUGGACUAUUGAAGAAGAUCAUAAACUCAUGAACUUCAUCCUCAACAAUGGUAUACAAUGCUGGAGACUUGUUCCAAAACUUGCUGGUUUGCUGAGAUGUGGAAAGAGCUGUAGACUAAGAUGGAUUAAUUAUCUGAGGCCUGAUCUCAAGAGAGGAGCAUUAACAGAAGCAGAAGAAGAUAUGAUCAUCCAACUUCAUUCUCGCUUCGGUAACAGGUGGUCCAAGAUUGCUUCACAUUUUCCUGGCCGAACGGAUAAUGAAAUCAAGAAUCACUGGAAUACCAGAAUCAAGAAGAAACUAAAGCUUCUUGGUUUAGACCCCAUCACCCACAAGCCUAUUGAGCAGCAUGAAAAUGGCGACACGAAAGAUGAAUUAGGAAUGUUGCAGCCUAGUUCCUCAGGAGAACAAGAAAACAACUUGGACCUCGACUUGCAGACUAAGACUAGUUCAGGCUCUAAGGAUCAUCAAAUGUCACAUAGGGAAGGGACAUCCAGCUUUGGCUUAAAUGAGUCCAAUCUUUCCAAUAUCAAUCAAAUGUGGGGAGGCUUCGAGGAUGGAUCAGAGGUCGCGCCAGACGCGAAUCCUUCUGGUUUGGGAAUGGAUGCAGCUCUGCCUACAGAUUUUCUCCAAGAUUGGGUUGAUGGCCCCAAUAAUUUGCUCUCAUGGGAUGGUUUUAAUAAUCUAGAAGAGAUUUUCCUAUGA